UGAUUUAAAUUAAAAUUUAAAAAUUAUUUAAAACAAUAACUCUUUGAAAAAAAACAAAGAAAGAAAGAACCAAAGAAAAAAAAAAAAAAAAAAGUGCUUAAAAAGGAACGUCGUGUAUAAUAAUUUUGUAAAUUAAAAAAAUUAUUUUAAAAUGUAUAUAAAAAUUUAAAAUUGAAUACACUCGAGUAUAUAUAGAUAUAUAUAAUUGGUGGGAAAGCAAUGGCUAUCUGAAGAAAACCCUAGAAGCUCUCUCAUGCUCACUCAUAUCCGUCAAUGUCGAUCCCUCCAUUACCCAGUAAAAUUCCUUACCCUCAGUCCUCUCACCUCCUUCAUCUUCUCUGAGCCCUGUACCUCCGCCGCAAAGAUCGCCGUCGACGACGAGCCUACCACAAUCGACUCUCUCUCUAACCCUGUGGACAUUGUUUGUGAAAUCAUCACAGGCGUGAAGACCAUUGGUCCCGUGAAAUUCCUUGAGGGUCAGUGGUUUAGAACCCUAAUUCAGUCGUUGAAUCAGCCUCAGGUGGAUCAAAUUGUCGACGUUCUCAGAAUCGAGAGCCCUGACUCGGCGGUUUUGUUCUUUGAUCGGUUGAAAAGUGAAUAUGGGUUUCGGCAUUCUAGGGUUUCUCAUUUGCUUAUUGCUCAUGUUUUGGCGGGAAAAAGGAGGCUCAAGGAGUUGCGUUCUGCCCUACAGCAAAUGCUGCAACAAGAAGGCACUGGUUCCGCGCCUUCACUUUGUGAGCUGCUUUGGAUUAGCUUCAGGGACUGGGAUUCAAAUGGUCUGGUGUGGGAUAUGUUGGCCUUUUCUUAUUCCAGAUUGGACAUGGUUCAUGAUGCCCUCUUUGUUCUUGCCAAAAUGAAGGAUUUGAAUCUCCGAGCUUCAAUACAAACCUACAACAGUUUGUUGUACAACUUGAGACACACUGAUAAAAUGUGGGACGUAUACAGUGCAAUCAAAGUGAAUGGGAUUCCUCAGAGUGAAUACACUAAUUCCAUUCUUAUAAAUGGUCUAUGCAAACAAUCCUUGAUACAAGAAGCUGUAGCAUUUUUGUGUGAGACUGAAGGGAAAGAGUCUAAGCCUUGUGUUGUUUCAUUCAAUACUCUCAUGUCAGGGUUCUGUAAAAUGGGUUUUGUAGAUGUUGCAAAAUCCUUUUUUUGUAUGAUGUUUAAACAUGGACUACUUCCAGAUGUGUACAGUUACAAUAUUCUUAUUCAUGCGUUGUGUAUAGCGGGUUCUAUGGAAGAAGCAUUAGAGUUUACCAGUGACAUGGAGGAUCACGGAGUACAGCCUGAUGUAGUAACUUUUAACAUUCUAGCAAAAGGGUUUCGUGUACUUGGUAUGAUGAGUGGGGCGUGGAAGAUACUGCACGAAAUGCUACGUAGAGGGUUAAAUCCUGAUAUUGUAACAUAUACAAUACUGAUCUGUGGGCAUUGCCAGACAGGCAACAUUGAGGAAGGCUUUAAGUUGCAAGAGGAGAUGCUUUCUCGGGGGCUUAACUUGAAUAGUAUUUCAUACAGUGUUUUGCUUAGUUGUUUGUGUAAGAGGGGGCUGGUUAAUGAAGCAUUAAGUUUGCUUUGCGAAAUAGAAAAUAUUGGUUUAAAACCAGAUCUUGCUACAUAUUCUAUCCUCAUUCACGGUCUCUGCAAGCAAGGAGAUGUACAAAGCGCUAUUGAACUAUAUAAGGAAAUGUGCUCUAAGAGAAUCCUCCCAAAUGCUUAUGCACACUGUUCUAUUCUAUUGGGUCUGUGUGAGAAAGGGACAAUAUCCGAGGCAAGAAUGUUUUUUGAUACUUUAACAGAGAUUGAUUUGAUUAAGGAUAUUGUUUUGUAUAAUAUUAUGAUUUAUAGGUAUGCAAAACUUGGUAAUAUUGAAGCGGCUGUUAAGUUAUACAAACAAAUAAUUGAAAAAGAGAUUAGUCCAAGUAUAGUCACUUUCAAUUCUCUUAUUUAUGGGUUCUGUAAAUCAAGGAAACUAGUGGAGGCUAGAAGGUGGUUGGAUACCAUCGAGGCACGCGGAUUGGUCCCAAGUGCUGUAACUUACACCACUCUUAUGAACGCAUUGUGUGAGGAGGGGAAUAUACAAGCCAUGUUUGGAUUGCUUCGGGAGAUGGAAUCAAGAGCUGUUGAACCAACUCAUGUUACCUACACCGUGGUUAUAAAAGGACUAUGUAAACAACAGAAGCUGCAAGCAUCUGUCCAAUUACUCGAGCAUAUGCAUGCUAAGGGUAUAUCCCCAGAUGAAAUAACAUACAACACUGUCAUCCAAUGUUUUUGCAAAGCUCGGGACUUGAAGAAAGCUUUUCAGUUACACAAUGAAAUGUUACUGCAUAAUCUUCAGCCUAGUCCUGUUACAUAUAAUGUGCUCAUCAAUGGUCUUUGUGUAUAUGGAUUCCUGAAAGAUGCUGAUAGACUAUUCUCCUCUCUUCAGGACCAAAAUAUCAGAUUGACGAAAGUUGCAUAUACUACACUAAUCAAAGCACAUUGUGUUAAGGGUGAUGUAGACAAGGCAAUGGUUCUCUUCUGUCAAAUGGUGGAGAAUGGGUUUGAUAGCACAAUUAGAGAUUACAGUGCUGUGAUUAAUAGAUUGUGCAGAAGAUGUUUGAUAAAUGAAGCAAAAAAGUUUCUUCAUUUGAUGUUAAUAACUGGCAUCUCCCUUGAUCAUGAAAUUUGUUCAGUGAUGCUCAAUGCUUUCAAUGAAGGUGGUGAUCAAAAUUCAGUAUAUGAACUACUUGCUGAGAUGAUCAAGUGUGGCUUAUUUCAUGAAUAAUCCAUGAGAUAGUGAUCUAUCACCAGUGGAAAUAUCAAUUUAAUGAUUGAGACAGAAAAAUGGCAUUCCAGCUGUUGUUGGGCUGCCGUUGGUUCCCACAUACCUGGGUCUCCCAGAGGAUGAAAGGAACAAUCUCAUUAUUAUUAUGUAAACAAUGCAUCUGCUGGAUGUGGUGUAGGGGUUUAAUUUGGUGUUGGAAUGGAAGUUGUCUAACAAAUAGAUGAUCAAUGGACGGUAGGACUUCUGAGGUCUGUAGGUGGGUGAAAGCCAGAGAAAAUACCCACAAUGAAGGUCUUAGAGGCAGCGGGCCGUCCUGAAGAUGGACUUAUUCCGCGUGUUUUUCCAUUGGUGCAAUGCUAGACUGCAGCAUACCUCUCCCUCUUGUUGUGCUCUUUCUCGGAACAUUAUAUACUCUUCUCGAUAUGUUUAAAGAGGACAUGCACUAUGGAAUAAUCCACGGGUCCACCUAGCAGGGUUAGUGAGACGUCGCCCUGGUGAGUAACUUCCGCCACAUUCUCACCAAUGGAUUGAUUAGAAACGUCACCCUGCUAUAUCCCAACGAAGAUGUUUUCAUGAGGGGGAUCCACGAGACUUCUGGAUGUCCUUCUUAGCAGUGGUAUUCUGCAAGUAACCGGUGAUAUUGUUGAGUCUGAGUUUGGGCAAGAAAAUUUUUAGUAGACAAAAUUGAGUCAAUGGGGCGAUCCUCAAAAAAUUCAUUUAGAAUGAAGCAUGAAGGGAAUGCAACAAAGAUAUAAACCAGAUAUUGCUGCUUUUUACUGAUCACCUUCCUUGGGUGCUGGGACAGUUUCAGGGAUCAUUGAUACAAGUUACCCAUGGAGAACGAUGUAUAUAUGUGUAUAUAUAAAUUGAUGAGGGACUUUUUGAUAUCCAACUUCUCUUUUAAACUGGGAAAUGGUGCUACUUUUGAGUUACUUCAGCUCCUCUGGUGUGAGGCAAGCUAAUUCAGAGGUUUGAUGCAUCUAUUUUUGGAGGCAUGGAUACAAGGCUUACUAUGCAGUCUAUUGUUCAGAAUGGCCAUUGGCUUAUUCCUGAUUAUUUUCCUUCCCAAGUUGCUGAAUAUAUUAGAAGGUUUCAGUCAUCUAGAGAUGAUGAUCAAAUUGUAUGGAAUCAUGAUUCAUUUUCUCUUCAAUCAGUGUGGGAGGUUUGUAGGGUCAGAAAGGAAAAGAAAUCAAGGGCUGUUGUUUCUCGGAGAAGUUGCAGAUGUAGAGUAGCAACUCUUUUGUCCCUUAUUCCAAAAUAGAAAUAUUUCUUCGGUUCAUCUGAGGAACUGAAGCUUAUUCUUAACCUCUGUGUGCCUUUACUGCUGCUACAUGAUCACUUGUUUUAUACUUGUGACUUUGCUGUUGCUAUCUGGAGAUACAUUUCUGAUGUUCUGAACUUGGCCAGUCCUUCCUUCUAUUCUAUGGAUCAACUUAUACAUUGGUUCUUGAACUUAACCAGAGUGAAUUCUGUCAAAUCCAGAAUUCUCAAAUAUGUCUUAGCUUGCACUGUUUGGAAAAUCUGGAUGGAGAGAAAUACAGCUUUUCAUUUGUGGAGAAGAAAUUCUCCGCUGCAGCAGCCGUUGACAUUAUUGGGAAGUUUUGCAAUUUCAGUGUAAUUCCUUGGAGGACAUUUCUUCCACUUCCUACUUUUGAGUGCUGUUUUUUGUUCACUUUAUUGGAAAUGGGUAUUAUCCAUUUCUUUUGUAAGUGAAGGCGGGUAUGCCCCCUUAUAUAUAUAUAUAUAGAUACAUUGAUGAGGUUUGCACCACCCAGGCUUCAAAUUUCCUUUUUCUAUUAGUUGCUUAAAUGGAACUCUCUUCAGUCUUCACCCC